CAUCGUUGAAGGACCAGGUCAGCAGCUGAAGUGUGUUCUGCAGAGAGGAGCACAGACACAUUCCCCAGUAAAAGUGCUUUGACUUGGCUUGUCAAACUCAGCUCAGGCCUGAACCUAUCCAACCACACAUGACUGAGUACUCUGGUAGAUGGAGUUUGCACAUCAGUGUAUCUCAUCACCUGAAAAGCUACAAACAUUGUUUUUGCUUGGCCAAAGUGCUGCCAGGACUUGGCUUCCAUAGAGUGUGUGAUCAUUGGCUUGAGAGCUAGCUCAGCUGGGUCAAUCCCAUUAUUGUAGAAACUCUAUCCUUUGGUAUAUGUUAUUUUAUUUUGAAAUGCAGCAAGUUUCCCAGUGCUGUGAUUCUCCUAACAAGCCAUAUUUAAUCUGUAGUAUGAUUCAUAUGUGCUGUGUCAAUAUUGCUUGUCCUGCUCCCUGCCAUACAUAGCUGUUCAGCUUCACAUAAGCAAGACAGAAAUUGAGGGUAAAAUUAGCUAGUGGUGCCGUUUAGACGUGUGUGGUGCAACACCAUAAACGGAUGAAAUAGCAGGGCUUGCCUGUCCUUAAAAUGCCACAGACUGAUAAAUGGAUGCUGUGCCCAAAGAAUGUGCUCACUUAGCUCUUUUAUUUUAAUUUAAAUUGAUGGGGGUACAAAUAACUAAGCUGUUCUCAGUCUGAACAGGCAAGGCAAAAUAGCUCUAUUAGCUCUCAGGGAAGCUGCUAUGCAGGGCAGUCAGCUGCUUCUUUUCAGAUGAUGUGUUCUGUCAAUGACAGUUAUGUCUCAUCUUUGGAUCUUUGAAGACAGCUCAAUUGCCUGUAAAUUCCAAGAUUAUUUUGUCCAUCAGAAACCGUUUUGUUACAUCGAAGGCCUCUACUGCAUAGUCAAGAGUCAGGAAUCAGAAAUUAAGUAACAGCUAAAGGAGAAAAAAAGCAAAUAUAAAUUCAAAGCUGCAUCUCCAAACGACAAAGAUCUUGAAAGCAAGCAACAUGGUGUUCAUUCAGUGGAGGAGGAGAAAGAGGUUCAAAGUUGAUAUGAUGACCUGUGCUUUACCUGAAUUUUGAUUAAAGAAAAACAGCAAUAUGCUAGAGAAUUCUUGUAGCUGACCUGGAAUCACUGGUAUCUAUCGGGGCAACUAGGGUGAGUAAUCUUACGGUUUACAUUGGCUUUGAAUUUUUUUUAAUUUUUAGACUUCUUUUACGCAAGGAACCUGCAACUAAUGAAACAAAAGGAAACAGCAGUGUUCGCUUUCGUAAGAUUCUUUUAUUUCUAAUGUGGUUGAUGUUUUAUUUCAGUCUGUUAAGCUCUUUGUUCUUAGCUUUACUUGAAAACAGAAUGCACUUAUCCUGAAAAAAAUCUCAAACCCUAAUUUUGCUGUUUAAAAGUAAGAACCAGAUACUGCGUCAUUGUUGUGGGUUAUCUGUCGCUAUCAGACAAACGCCCACCCAGCUGCGCAGUCCUGCCCUCCCCUCUUCAGCAGAAUUGGGGGAGAAAAUGGGAAGAACAGGAGAGAAAAAUAACAGUUUGAGAUGAAGACAGGGAGGGUAUUUGCCAACUACUGUCACAGUCAAAACAGACUCAGCUUGGGGAAAACUGACUUAAUUUAUUGCCAAAAAAACCCCAAAAUGUAACUAUUAACCUGGGUAAUGGGAAAUAAAAAAGCAAACAAACAUGGAAACAAUACUGUUCCUUCCCCCUUUCCCAGGCUCGAGUUUAUUUCUUCACUCACCUCCCAAGCCCUGAACAGCACAGUAGGGAUGGGGGUGUGGUCAGUGUUCAAUUGUUUUUAUCUGCUGCUUCUUCUUUCUCACUCUUUUUCUCUGCUCCAGCAUUGACUUUCCAUGGGCUGCAGUUCUUCAGUAAUAUUCAUCUGCUCCAGCAUAGUCUCCUACAGGGGUUGCAGGAAGGAUCUGCACCUGGAGGACUUUCUGCUCUUCCUACUUCUCCAUAAUUCUACUUGUUUACUUCAUUUAUUAAUUUCAGACAAAUGGUCCCAUAUACACCUUAGUUCUGUGAAAGAUGCAUAAUAAUAUAAUUUGCCUCAAUGAAGGAACAGAAAUAACUUCCACCUAGGUCUUUCUGUACAAUCUAAAGAAAAUGGCAUGUAAUUUCCUUAACCGGUUUAAAGCAUAGGUUUAGUGCUACAGUUUUUUAUUAAUUCUUUUUGCUGCUUAAGUAACAAACACCAUGAUUAUUUUUAUCUUCUCAGGAAAAGAUGUGAAGCUAAAUGGCUGAAGAAGAGUGAAGUCUGGAGGUUAUAACUGUGCUUCCUUAGAGCAUAAAAUACACAUGCAAAAUACUUUGAUACUGACAAAUAGAAAAUAUUUUUAUGUACAAUGCUCUUCUAAUCUACGGACCAGCUUCUGAAUACUAUUUUGUAUCAUAGGAACUCCCUGAGCACAGGAUAGAGGAAGAUUUUUGGGAAUUGCAAAAGCACCCUUAAGAGACAACAGUAGUCUCCAAAAAAUUCUUAUUGAAAAAAAGGUGGGAGUUUGGAGCAAAUAUAAGUAGUAAUAUGGAAUAAAUUAAUAUAUUUACCUAUGCUACUAAAGCAUUAAUGAGGUCUAGAGCUUCAUAUGUUUAAAAUAUGUUACAGUUCUAGAAUAAGUAACAAAAAAUGACUGAGGAUGUAAAUACUGUGCUUCAGAGCAUAAGCCGUAGACUAACGCACAGACAAGAAAUAUUUUUGUUUACAAGUACGAUAUAAAGCUACAGGAUUUUUUGGCUUAUAGUUUAAGUUAUCUAUUGCUGGUCACACAGGCAGAGAAUAGUUCAUGCCUGAAGUUCUACUGUUACGAGGUCUGACUACAUCUUUUCUAUGCUAUACUUCUACAUUACUGUGUUGCUCGUUGUUUUACGAUUGCUUGUCUAGGUUUUAUAUCUUCAAUGAUAAAUUAACAGAUGGUUGUGUUGUUUUUUUUUAAAUAAAAAGUUGGCAUUUCUCCAGUGCUGUUUCUUAAGAUGACCCUAGGAAGGCAUUGAGAUUGUUAAUCACUUAAAAGUAAAGACAGGUCUAUAGUUAGCAUCCAUUGAGGAAAGUACUGGUUUACAUCCUCUAUAAAUAUUUAAUUACCAAAGAAAAUAGGAUGGAACUGUUAUGGUACGAGUGACUUCCUGCAUCUGAUUACAAAAAAGAUUCUCAGUUUGAAGCCUGAUCUGUAUUAGCAACACAAAACAUAUUGUUUGGAGGAGUUAAUUUCUCCAUUACAGUAAAAUAAGCAAAUCUGAGUGUUCAAAAGAUACAUUACAAAAUUCUAGAAAAGAGUCAAAAUGCUCUUCUUUGUUUGCAGUUGUUAUCUGCAAUUUGCAACACUCCUGCUUGAGGCACACUGAUUUUCCUUCUUUUAGUUGCACGAUUUUCCUCUCAUAUAUACAUUUUACCUACUACUUUUCUGGUUCAUACAACUAAUUUUGAGAAAUUACAGUGAUGUAUAGAUUUUUUUCAUUGUGGUUUUGUGUUCUAACAAGUUGGGGUCUAUUUCAUUUUUAAAAGACUAUGAAAAGCCUAUUUUAUUCAGUCUGAAUUUGAUGUCUAAUUGAUGUUAUGUGAUAGUGUCCUUCUAAUAUUCACAAAGGAGCAAUAGGGCAGAUGAAGUUACAAUUGGAAACUCAUCAAAGUAAAUUGAUGCCUCUUUUGGUCCUGGACACUGCUGUUAACUGUCUUCACCUUCAGAAGUAGCAGUGGUGACCGAGAAAACACGCAAGACUCUUUUUCAUCUCGGACAGGCAAUAAAAUUAAUUCUGCUGGAAUGGAUGAAAAAAAUGAUCAGCCAGCAGCUAAACCUGAAGAUGAACAAAGUGUAGCCAACAUCUCAGUUCAAAUGGUAACUGCAGAAGAUAAGUUGGCAAAGAGGAUUCUGGCAAGGAAAAAGCAUGGCAAACUGAAAUUGAAGAAAAAAGAUAAGUUGCUGUGGAAUUUUCAAAACAAAAUCAUUCUCUUUACCCUCAUUCUGUUCAUUUUAGGAGUAGUAACCUGGACAUUGCUGUGGCUCUUCAUUGUUCAGACAGAAAACAAAGAUGCAUUGUAUUUUGUUGGACUGUUUCGUGUUGCCAACAUAGAAUUUCUCCCAGAAUAUAGGCAGAAGGAGUCAAAAGAAUUCCUGUCCAUGGCACAGAAUGUGCAGCAUGUGAUGAACUUGGUCUACACAACUUCCUCUUUCUCCAAAUUUUACAAGCAAUCCACAGUUUCUGAAGUCAGUUACAACAACAACGGAGGCCUUCUUAUUCAUUUCUGGAUUGUAUUUGUGGUACCGCAGGCCAAAGGGCAAGUGCUGUGUGAGGAUUGUGUGGCUGCCAUUCUAAAGGAUUCCAUUCAGACAAGUGUUGUUAACCGGACUUCGGUGGGAAGUCUUCAGGGCCUUGCAGUCGACAUGGAUUCCAUUGUACUAAGUGCAGGUCUUCGGUCAGAUUAUUGGUCAACAACGGGAACAGGAAUAGAUUGUAUGUAUGAUCUGUAUGCUGACCGCCUACAUGAACAGUUUCCACUGGAUAUCCAUGGGGGAACGAUCUGCUAUUUCAAGCUGAUUGCAUCCGUGGGCCAUCUUAUUCGUCUUUCAAUAGCAUCCCUUCAGAUUGAAGCAGAUAACUGCAUCACUGACUCACUGACCAUUUAUGACUCUCUGAUGCCAAUCAAACAUAAGAUACUAUACCAAGCUUGUGAACCAGGUGAUUCAUUGGUGUCACUCGUGUCCACAAACAAUCUCAUGCUGGUAAUGUUUAAGGCAGCACAAAUAAAGGAACAGAAGGAAUUCCAUGGCUAUUUUGAGGUUAUUACACAAGAAAGGUGUGGAAAAACAAUAGUGACAAAAGAGACAAUUGGCUAUGAAGGGAAAAUCACAAGUCCCUAUUACCCAAGCUAUUACCCUCCAAACUGUCUUUGUGCAUGGAACUUCCAGACUCCACAGAAGAGCCUGGGUAUAGCUCUGAAGUUUCAUAACUAUACCAUCAGUGAGAAGAAUAUUAAAGGCUGUGAGCGAGGAUGGUGGAAAAUUAAUGAACACAUGUACUGCGGUUACUAUGUGGAUCAUCAAACAGUCUUCCACGUUGCGAGUUCUGCUGUCAACGUUGAACUUCAGUGCAGUUCGAAGGUCUCAGAGAGGCCACUUCUGGUGGAGUAUGGCAGCUAUAACAUCAGCCAGCCAUGUCCACCUGGGCAUUUCAAGUGUUCAACUGGCUUAUGUAUCCAGCAGAUGCAACGCUGUGAUGGGAUAAACAACUGCUUUGAUGGAAGUGAUGAACUAUUUUGUGUUGUCCCUGAGUGGAACUGUAACUCCAGCUUCACAAUACAGGAUAACCCGCUUACCUGCAAUGGAGUAAGUGACUGUGAAAAUGGAAAAGAUGAGCAGAACUGCACUCUCAGUAUUCCUUGCACCGACCAAACAUUUAAGUGCAGGAAUAACAUUUGCAUUUGGAAACAAAACGCAAAGUGUGAUGGGACUGUGGACUGUAUUGAUGGAAGUGAUGAAAGCAGCUGCAGUUGUGGCAGCAGCAAGAGCAGCAAUCCCAUCUCUCGGAUUGUAGGCGGUACAAACACUGAGGAAGGGGAAUGGCCCUGGCAGGUCAGCCUCCAUUUUGUGGGAGCUGCUUACUGCGGAGCAUCAGUGAUAUCAAAAGAAUGGCUUCUGUCUGCAGCUCACUGCUUUCAAGGGAGCAAGCUGGCUGACCCCAGAGCAUGGCGUGCUCACCUGGGAAUGCAAACUCAAGGCCGUGCAAAGUUUGUAUCUGCGGUGAGACGGAUCGUUGUCCAUGAAUACUACAACAGCAGGAACUAUGACUACGACAUUGCACUGCUGCAGUUGAGCAAACCAUGGCCAGACACGAUGAGCCAUGUUAUCCAGCCCAUCUGCGUGCCUCCCUUUUCACACAAAGUCCGUAGUGGUGACAAGUGCUGGAUAACAGGUUGGGGACAAAGGCAGGAAGCAGAUUAUGAAGGUUCAGCAGUUCUUCAGAAAGCAGAGGUAGAAAUUAUUGACCAAACAACAUGUCAUUCCACAUACGGGAUUAUUACAGCUAGGAUGUUUUGUGCUGGACUAAUGUCUGGGAAAAGAGAUGGAUGCAAAGGUGAUUCUGGUGGACCAUUGUCAUGUCAAAGAAACAGAGAUGGAAAAUGGUUUUUGACUGGCAUUGUUAGCUGGGGUUAUGGAUGUGGAAGACCAAAUUUCCCUGGUGUCUACACAAGAGUGUCAAAUUUUGCACCAUGGAUUCACAAAUAUGUGCCUUCAGUCUUGUAACUUGAAAACUGUUUUGCUGGAAUAAAACAUGUCAUAGAUAUCUUCAUUAAAAAUCAUAU